CUUGAUUUGUAGAAAAUGUCUGACGACGAAUUCAUUCCUGACGAGGAGACUGCUCCAACUAGCCCUGUAAAGAAAGUUACAAAGGAGAAAAGUACAGAGAAAAGGCUUAAAAAUAUCCUAAACCAAGCUGAAGCAUAUACUAAGAAAAUCCUUGGUACGAAAACUAAAGGAAGAAGGGUGAAAAAAGCCAGUGCAAAAACCAUCCAAAAAGGUAAAUCUAGAAGGCACUGAAAUGACUCGAAUGAAGAUAUCAACUCAAAUGAAGAAGAAAAUAACUGAGAAAAGGAUGACUUCUUGCUACUAAAUCAGCCAAGCAUUCUUAAGCAUGAGCUUCGCAAUUACCAACUAAAUGGAUUGAACUGGCUGAUUAGUCUCUAUCACCAUAAAGCUAGUGGAAUCCUAGCAGAUGAGAUGGGGCUGGGUAAGACUAUUCAAACUAUUGCCCUGUUAGCGUUCUUAAAAGAAUACAAGAAGAUCACUAAAUAUUUCUUGGUCAUUGCACCUAAAAGUUGUAUUCCAAAUUGGAUAAAAGAGUUUAAAGAAUGGCUUCCUUGAAUGAAAGUUGUCAAUUUGAUACCAAAGAAAGCUAAAAGAGAAGAAAUCAUUCGUAAUGACCUUCAACCUGAUAUGUUCAAUAUCUGAGUAACCACAUAUGAAGGAGUUAGGAUAUGUCUAGACCACUUACAAAAAUUUGACUGGGAAUACCUCAUUGUAGAUGAAGCUCAUAAAAUGAAGAAUGAGGCAUCACAGUUAUCCAAGAAGCUUAGGAUGUUAAAGUCUAACUACAGACUCCUUCUCACAGGGACUCCAUUACAGAACAACUUACAUGAGCUAUGGGCCCUUUUGAAUUUCUUGAUGCCAAAAAUCUUUUCAUCUUCUGAUGACUUUGACGAGCUCUUCAAUGUUACUAAAAAAAUGUGAUGAUGAAGAACUUGCCGAACAAAGAAAUGAAUUAAUGAUUAAGCA